UAACCACUGUGCCACCACCAGGGCUCUCUCUCUCUCUAUAUAUAUAUGAAUAUACGUAUAUAUAUUUUGUUCUUGUUAGACAUUCCAUGUGACAUUAGACACGUGUCUCCCAGGAAGAUCGAGUGUACCACGAGGUCUCCAGGAAAAGAUGCAAGGCUCACUGCUCCUCAGGCAGGCAACCGAGGGCUUCUUUUCGAAGUUGGAGAUGCUGCUGAGGGCUUAGACCUUACUGAAGCCACCCCUGGGUACAGGUGGCAGAUUGUCCCGAACGCUAGUUCUCCAUUUGGAUUUUGGUCAAAGGAAGGGCAACCUUUCAGAGCACGGCUCAGUGGGUUCUUUGUGGCCCCAGAGACAAAUAAUUACACUUUCUGGAUACAGGCAGAUAGCCAAGCUGCCCUGCAUUUCAGUUGGCCAGAGGAUCCAAGGACCAAGGUGGAAGUGGCCUCCAUUAGGGUUGGCACUGCUGACUGGUUUGACUCCUGGGAGCAGAAUGGGAAUGAAGGGACCUGGCACCGGAAGACCCCCAAAUUGGAGCUAUUAGGUGGAGUCAAGUACUACCUGGAAGCAGAGCAUCAUGGGAUAUCCCCCAGCAGGGGAAUGAAGAUUGGUGUGCAGAUCCACAACACCUGGCUGAAUCCCGAUGUGGUCAGCACCUACCUCCGGGAGAAGCACCAGAUCCGAGCCCGUGCCCAGAGGCUUCCCGAAGUACAGAUGCUGAAUGUGUCUGGCAGAGGGAACUUUUUCCUUGCUUGGGAUAAUGUUUCUAGCCAGCCAAUCCCUGCAAACGCCACAGCCCAUCAGAUUCAAACAGCCAUAGAGGAGUUACUUGCAGUAAAAUGCAAACUGGAACCACUUUCAGCUAACAUCCUUCUCCGGCUUGGAUUUGAACAAGGCCCACAAGGUUCCAGCUCUGAUGGGGAACUCACCAGCACUACGGAGCCCUUCUGUGGAAGGUUCAGCCUCCAUCAGCCUCGACACCUUGUCCUGACACCCCCGGCUGGCCAGAAGGGGUAUCAGCUAGACCAGUAUGCACAUCUGUGCUUUGCAUACAAAGGCUACAUGAACGGCGUCCUGAAGAUGAUCUUGACCUUUACAACUGACUUUCAAAGCAUCGAGAAGAACAUCACCUGUGACUGGAGUCCCGUGGAGACCAAGCCUGAGAGCUGGCUCUUCACCUGUACUGACCUCUGGGAGACUUGUGUGCAUCCCUCUGGGUAUCUGCAGCCCCCUCUAGCAAACUCCUCCGUGCUGGUUCAUCGGAUAGACCUCCUCCCUCUGGCUCAGGAGAUGGGCCUGUUCUAUGUGGAUGAAAUCAUUAUCACAGACAAAAACCUGACAGUUUCUCAAGCCGACUCUGGAACAGCUCGCCUAGGUGGGAAUCUGGUGGAAUCACUCUCUGUGGUGGGAUCCCCUCCAGUCUACAAUGUAACCUUCUGGUCAGCAGGGUGUGGCACGGAGCUCCCGCUCAUCACUGCACGCUCUCUGCAGGCUGAAGGAACAGAAGAAGGUUCCGAAUUGGUCCAGGAGACAACACGGCGACUACAGAGGACAAGUCCACCUUUAGGAGGACAUUUUCGGAUUCAGCUUUCUAAUACAGUGAUACCUGGUGUCCCUGUGCACAUUUCUGCUGGCCAGCUUCACAAACUCUUACAGAACAGUGCUGAUGACUUCACAUCCAGGUACCUCAAUGUCAGUGACUUGACAGUGAAGGAAGAUCUAAGCACUUGCUACGAACAUGUAUGGACACUCUCCUGGUCCAUCCAGAUUGGGGAUUUGCCCAUUUUCAUCAGGGUCUCUGAUGAAAAUCUAACUGGAGUGAACCCAGCUGUAACUACUCGUGUGCUAUAUGAUGGUGGAGUUUUUCUUGGACCCAUAUUUGGAGACAUGUUGGUGACUGCCAACCAGCGCACUCAGGUGGUUGUGCGAGUGAAUGAUAUACCAGCUCAUUGCUCAGGUUCCUGUUCUUUUCAGUACCUUCAAGGCUCAACUCCCCAGGUCCAUUCUGCAUGGUAUUCUCUUGACAAUGACACCAACCUACUGGUUCAUAUUACUGGAACUGGUUUCUCUGAUGACUCCCAGGCCUUGAGGGUUGCAGUGAACAUAACAAGUUGUGAAGUUAUUUUCUCAAACCUAACGUAUGUCAUCUGUCACAUGGGCAUGCUAUCAGUUGGAGUGCAUUGGAUCUCGAUGUUGGUGAGACCCUCUGGUCUUGCCAUCAACGCCAGUGGAGAAGGCCUCUUCUUACAUGUGGAGCCCAGGCUGGAUGCUGUGGAGCCUUGCAGAGCUGCCGAGAUUGGAGGUCUCUGGGCCACCAUCCGAGGUUCUGGUUUGGAAGGUAUUAGCCUGGUGUUAUUUGGAUCUCAGUCUUGUGCCAUUAAUGUCAACACAAGCAAUUCACAAAGAAUUCAAUGUAAAGUUCCACCCAGGGGAAACGAUGAAUCCAUUGUGAAUGUGACUGUGAUCAGAGGGGACCAUUCUGCAGUUCUUCCCGCAGCAUUUACAUACGUCUCCUCUUUCAAUCCAGUGAUCCUGUCUCUGAGCAGGAACAGAAGCAAUUUAGCAGGAGGUGACACCCUUUUCAUUGGAAUGACGCUGCUGGAGAACUACACAGAGUUGGAUGUGGAAGUCCUCAUCCAGGACACCUGGGCUCAGCUUCAUGCGCAGACAGCUCAGGGCCUGGAGGUGGUGCUGCCCCCCAUGCCGACUGGCCUCCACAGAAUUUCAGUUUCCAUCAAUGGGGUCGGCAUUCGCUCACAAGGGGUUGAUCUCCACAUUCAGUACCUCACAGAAGUAUUUGACAUAGAGCCUUGCUUCGGAUCCCUUUUGGGUGGAACCAUCCUCAGCAUUUCAGGAAUAGGGUUCAGCCAGGACCCAGCCUUGGUCUGGGUAGUUGUGGGCAAUCGAUCCUGUGACGUCGUGAACUCGACGGAGGAGAACAUCUGGUGUGAGACCUCGCCAGCACCUCUGCUGCCUGAUGCGGACGUGCUCGCUGUCCUGGCCCCUGUGCAGGUCUGGAUAGGCAACAUGUCCUUGCCCCACAGACCACCACCAGGCUUAGUGGAGAAGGGCUUCACCUUCCUGUAUGAAGCAGCAGCAACACCUGUGGUCACCGCCCUGAGAGCAGAAACCAUGAACAGCAGCCUGUGGCUCUCUGUGGAAGGAAAUAACAUCUCCAACUCAGUGAUUCUCCUGGGGACCUUGCACUGUGACCUUGAGGCACGAUCUUUUGGGAGCAACACGAGCCUGUCUGGGUGCUCCUUUCCUCUUCGCAGUUUGGAGGCGGGCGUCUAUCCUCUCCAAGUCCGUCAGAAGCAGAUGGGAUUUGCUAAUAUGUCUGCAGUGCCACAGCAAUUUGUGGUGGUACCUCAGAUAAUGGCCAUCUUCCCUACAAAAGGUUCUGCUUGUGGUGGGACAGUACUCACUGUGAGAGGCUUAGCGCUCAGGUCUAGAAGGAUGUCAGUUCAGGUUGGCCUCUCAGGCCCUUUUACUUGUGCCAUUUUGAGUUUGAGUGACCAGAUAAUCCUCUGCCAAGUUAACCGUGUGGGUGACCCCUUGCCUGGAGCUUCCUUCACUGUGAACAUCACAGUCCUGGUCAACGGGCUAACCAGCGAGUGUCAGGGGAACUGUACUCUCUUCAUGCAGGAAGAGACAACUCCCACUGUGGAUGCCUUGGCCACUAACAUCAGUGGGUCUCUGACCACUGUGCUGAUUAGGGGGCAGAGGUUCGGCACCACAGCGGAUGAGCUGAUCGUGUUUGUGGAUGAUCAUAUUUCUUGUGGUGUAACUUUCUUUAAUGCAAGCCAGGUGGCAUGCCAGGUUAGUGACCUGACCCCAGGUCUGCACUACCUGUCGGUAUUUCAUAAGAGAAAUGGGUAUGCUUGUUUGAGAAAUGUUUCCAGACACUUCUACAUUUCUCCUCAAGUGUUUCAUUACUUCCCUAAGACCUUCAGCUUACAUGGUGGGGGCCUCUUGACCAUGCAGGGCACGGCCCUGAGAGGACAGAAUGCCACAUCAGUCCGUGUGGGCCAGCAGGCCUGCCUUUCUGUGAACAUCAGUGCCAAGCUCAUCCAGUGUAUUGUCCCUGCAGGCAAUGGCUCCGUUGCCCUGGAAAUAGAGGUGGAUGGACAUUUGUACCACAUGGGAGUCAUUGGUUACAACAAAGCCUUCACCCCAGAAUUGCUCUCUAUUUCUCAGACUGAUGAUGUCUUAACCUUUGUGGUGGCCCAGAUCACAGGAGCUGUGCAUGUUGACAUUUUUAUUGGGAUGUCAUCCUGUGUGGGUGUCUCUGGAAACCACACUGUUCUCCAGUGCAGUGUCCCCUCCCUUCCUGCUGGGGAGUACCGAGUCAGAGGUUACGACCGCCUGAGAGGGUGGGCUUCUUCUGUUCUAGUGUUCACAUCAAGGGUUACUGUUACUGCAGUGACUGAGAACUUUGGCUGCCUGGGUGGAAGGCUCGUGCAUGUGUUUGGAGCAGGAUUUUCUCCAGGGAACAUCUCAGCUGCUGUGUGUGGUGCUCCCUGCCAAGUCUUGGAUAAUGCUACAAUGUCUGCCUUCAGCUGCUUGGUUCUACCACUGGAUGUGUCCUUGGCCUUCCUGUGUGGCCUGAAGUCUGAGGAGGAGAGCUGUGAAACCUCCAGCCACAUCUAUGUGCAGUGCGAUUUGACUAUAGCUGUGGGGACAGAGAGACUGCCCAAAUCAUGGCCUUACCUCUAUAUCUGUGAAGAAUGUUCUCAACACCUCUUUGAGCCAGAUCAUUGGAAUGAGUCAAACUUUCCAUCGUUCUUAGGCCUCUUCAUCAGCCCUAAAGUGGAAAGAGAUGAAGUUCUCAUCUAUAAUAGCUCCUGUAACAUUACCAUGGAAACUGAGGCAGAGAUGGAGUGUGAGACGCCUAAUCAGCCAAUUACCGCCAAGAUUACUGAGAUAUGGAAAAGCCGGGGCCAGAACACUCAGGCCAACUUUUCCUUUCACUUCUGCCAAAGAUGGUCGAGGGCUCACAGCUGGUUUCCUGAAAGAGUGCCACAAGAUGGCGACAGCGUCACGGUGGAGAGUGGCCAGUUGCUACUGCUGGACACCAACACAAGCAUCCUCAACUUCCUGCACGUUAAAGGAGGCAAGCUGCUUUUCAUGGAUCCAGGACCCACUGAGCUCAUUGAGCUCAGGGCCCACUCUAUCCUUGUGUCUCAUGGUGGAGAACUCCGGAUUGGAUCCAAGGACAAGCCCUUCCAAGGCAAAGCUCAGAUCAAACUCUACGGGAGUGCCUACUCUACCCCCUUCUUUCCAUAUGGAGUCAAGUUCCUGGCUGUGAGGAAUGGAACUCUUUCCCUGCAUGGUUCACUACCAGAAGUAAUUGUCACCCAUCUUCGAGCAGCUGCCCAUGCCCGUGACACAGUGCUGGCUCUGGAAGAUGCUGUGGACUGGCGCCCUGGGGAUGAAGUUGUCAUCAUCAGUGGAAUAGGUGCCGAAGGUGCCAGACCAGUGGAAGAGAUUGUCAUUGUGGAAACUGUGCAUAAUGCAGACCUCCACCUUCGGUCACCCUUGAGAUAUUCUUAUGACUUCACAGAGAAUUGGGUGGCUGGAGAGCACCUUGUUUUCAAGGCCACAGUGGCCUUGCUCAGCAGGAGUAUUACCAUUCAAGGAAAUCUCACUGACGAGAGGAUGAGGCACCUUGCUUCAUGCCAGGGGACCAGUGUUUCAGAAGGUAAUUCACAGGACUGUUUGUAUUCCAAGAGUGAGAAGAUGCUGGGAUCCAGGGACCUGGGGGCCAGAGUUAUCAUCCAGUCCUUCCCAGAGGAGCCCAGCUGGGUCCAGCUGAAGGGAGUACAAUUCCGGGACUUGGGGCAAGCCUUCCAGAAGCAUCUGAGCUCGUUGACUCUGGUGGGAGCUCUGAGAGAUUCCUACAUCCAGGGCUGCUCAGUGUGGAACUCCUUCAGCAGAGGCCUCAGCAUGUGCAGGACCUUGGGCCUGAAAGUGGACAGUAAUGUGUUCUACAAUAUUUUAGGCCAUGCGCUACUGGUGGGGACAUACAUGGACAUGGGAUACAUCUCUUGGGAGACUAUUCUUAGAAGAAAAAAUGACUGGUCAGAACAGGGAAAUACAAUAAGAAACAAUGUGAUCAUCAAUGUUUCUGGUGCUGAGGGACUCUCCAAUCCUGAAAUGCUGACAUCAUCUGGUAUCUAUAUCAGCAGUCCCACCAAUAUUGUGGAGGGGAACAGGGUGUGUGCUGCUGGUUUUGGCUACUUUUUUCAUCUUGUGACCAGCAAAACAUCGCAAGCUCCUCUUCUCUCCUUUACCCAGAACAUUGCACAUUCUUGUACAAGGUAUGGUCUCUUUGUAUACCCUAAAUUUCAGCCACCAUGGAAUAAUGGCACUGGCCCCACCCUGUUCCAACACUUCACAGUUUGGGGAAGCACAGGUGGUGCCAAGAUUUUUAGAAAUAGCAAUCUUCAUCUAAAAAACUUCCAAGUUUAUUCAUGCAGAGAUUUUGGAAUUGACAUCUUGGAAAGUGACGGAAAUACUUCAGUUACUGACAGCUUAUUACUUGGUCAUUUUGCCCACAAGGUACCAGAACUAGAGUACAUCCCAGGUGGAUUUACUGUGAAGGCCAAACAGUUAAAGUUUCCAAACUCUCCAAACUUGGUAGCAUUUCCAUUUCCUCAUGCAGCAGUUUUGGAAGACUUGGAUGGGUCUCUGUCUGGGAAAAAUAGAAGUCACGUUCUUGCUUCUAUGGAAACUCUUCCAGCUUCUUGUUUGGUCAAUGCAAGCUUCAGUCAGACGGUCCAUGGCAGUGUCUGUGGGGAAGACGUACGCUUUCAUCGUAUGUCUAUUGGCUUAGCUAAUGCUGCGUAUGUUUCUUAUGAUUUAACUAUGACUGACAGCAGAAAUAAGACAACCACUGUCAAUUAUGUACAUGACACAUUGUCAAACCCACAUGGCUGGAUGGCUCUGCUCUUGGACCAAGAGACCUACACAUUGCAGUUCGAGACCCUUUGGAUCAACAGACCUCUGCAGUUCUCGGCGACAUUUGAUAACUUUGCUCCUGGGAAUCACCUCCUGCUGGUGCACACCGACAUGCCACCAUACCCUGACAUCCUCAUAAGGUGUGGGAGUCAGGUGGGCCGUCCCCUUUCUUCUCUUCCAUUACCUGGUCAGGACCAAAGCUGUGACUGGUUCUUUGAUAGUCAUUUGAGGCAACUCACCUAUCUUGUUUCAGGUGAAGGCCAAGUUCAAGUGACUCUCCAGGUGAAGGAAAGUGUGCCCCCAACUAUUUCAGUUUCUACCUCUGCACCUGAAUCAGCUUUAAAAUGGUCCCACCCUGAAACCUGGCAAGGGCUUGAAGAAGGCUGGGGAGGAUACAGCAAUACCAUUCCAGGCGCUGGGGAUGAUGUCUUGAUUUUACCCAACAGGACUGUCCUUGUGGAUACAGAUCUUCCCCUUCUCGAAGGCCUCUAUGUAAAAGGGACUUUAGAAUUCCCUGUGGACAGAAGCAACGUUCUGAGCGUGGCAUGCAUGGUCAUUGCAGGCGGGGAGCUGAAAGUUGGUGCUUUAGAUAAUCCAUUAAAAAAAGAACAAAAGCUUCUGAUUGUGCUUCGGGCUUCAGAGGGAGUUUUUUGUGACCGUUUCAAUGGAAUUCAUAUUGACGCAGGAACAAUUGGGGUUUAUGGAAAAGUUCAGCUUCACGGUGCUUAUCCUAAGAAACCCUGGACACAUCUUGGAGCUGACAUUGCUUCAGGAAAUGAGAGAAUUAUAGUAAAGGAUGUAGUGGAUUGGCAACCUCAUGACAAAAUCGUCCUUAGCUCCUCGUCUUAUGAACCCCACGAAGCGGAAAUCCUCACUGUGAAAGAAGUCACAGGCCACCACAUUAGGAUCCAGGAACGUCUCAAACACCGGCACAUAGGAAGUGUCCAUGUCAUGGAGGAUGGCCAAUAUGUUCCUUUGGCUGCUGAGGUUGGACUGUUGACCCGAAAUAUACAGAUCCAGUCUGAUAUAUCAUGUAGGGGGAAACUACUUGUGGGACCCUUUAGGAAACCCAGCAGCGAAGAAUUUUCAGGAGUCCUUCAGCUUUUAAAUGUGGAAGUUCAGAACUUUGGGUCGCCACAGUAUUCAUCCAUUGAAUUCACUAAUGUGUCUGUUGGAUCCUGGAUGGUAUCUUCUACGGUGCACAAGAGCUGCGGUGGGGGCAUUCGUGCAACUGCCAGCCAUGGCAUUAUUUUGAAUGAUAACAUAGUAUUUGGCACAGCUGGCCACGGCAUUGAUUUGGAGGGUCAGGCCUAUUCUGUCACUAAUAACCUUGUAGUUCUGACAACACAGUCAGCGUGGUCCACCGUUUGGGUGGCAGGAAUCAAAGUGAAUCAGGCAAAGGACAUCAACCUCCAUGGCAAUGUGGUAGCAGGUUCUGAGAGGCUUGGCUUUCACAUCCGAGGCCACAGGUGUUCCCUUCCUGAAGUGCUUUGGUCUAACAAUGUGGCUCAUUCAAGCCUUCAUGGCCUUCAUCUCUAUAAAGAAAGUGGGCUGGACAACUGUACAAAAAUCUCUGGCUUUCUGGCUUUCAAGAACUUUGAUUAUGGUGCCAUGCUACAUGUAGAGAACAGUAUGGAGAUAGAGAACCUCACUCUGGUAGACAAUGCUGUUGGUCUUUUGGCAGUUGUGUAUGUGUCUUCUGCUCCACAGAGCUCCAUCGAAAAUGUACAGAUUGUGCUUAGGAAUUCAGUCAUUGUGGCCACUAGCUCCUCUUUUGACUGCAUUCAGGACAGAGUUAAGCCUCGCUCAGCCAACUUGACAUCAACAGAUCAUGCACCUUCCAAUCCAAGAGGGGGUCGAGUUGGUAUUCUGUGGCCUGGAUUCACUUCAGAACCAAACCAGUGGCCUCAGGAACCAUGGCACAGAGUGAGGAACAGCCAUUCAAUUCCAGGAAUCAUGAAACUUCAAGGUGUCACUUUUUCUAGUUUUAUAAAGAGUUGCUAUAGUGAUGAUGUAGAUGUCUGUAUUCUGGCAAAUCCAGAGAACACUGGAAUCAUGUACCCAAUAACAGCGGAGAGGACAAGGAUGCUAAAGAUCAAAGAUAAAAACAAAUUCUACUUUCCUCCCCUACAACCCAGGACAGAUUUAGGAGCAGUGGUCUGCCCUGAAUGGGAUUGUGAAAAUCCAAGAAAAUAUCUUUUCAAGGAUCUGGAUGGGAGAGCCCUGAAUCUGCCGCCACCAGUUUCUGUAUUUCCUAAAACAGAGGCGGAAUGGACUGGAUCUUUCUUCAACACAGGUCAGUUGUAUCUGAAUAAGAAAAGGAAGUGUUCAUGUGAAGGAGCUGGCUUGACUAUUUGGUCCAGUGGGAACAAGACUUACUGGAGUGGAACUAAGUGA